GGUUCAGAGGCGGAGCUAUCAUAGUGUGUGUGUGUGGUUUUGUGUGGUUUUUUUUUUAUUUCUUCCCCGACAACCGGCAGCCAAUUUCUUAGCAGCGCUUUCGAUCUUGGCGCGCAAGCUGUUGGUUCUCCCUCAGCCUUCCCGCAUCUUUUUCUCUCUCUCUCUCUCCGCUGCUCCCUGCGCGGAAUUGCCAUGGCUGUCUGGAGCGGGUCUGGUUCCGUCCCGGCAACCUUGGUCAGGCCCAGCUUGACCUCCGUCUCUUCGGGAGAGGUGCAGAGCCUUCGGACGUGCAACUGCGAGAUGGCGGUGUUACCGCUGCGGCAGCUGCUCUCCCUACAGCCAGACUCCUUUCUACUGCAAGGGGACACACUGGCGGUGCUGAGUCCGCUCCACCUCCGGCCCGGAGGCGGCUUCACGGUGAUAAGCGACGGGUUUUUCCAGCUGGAUGGCCGGCAGCAGUGCAGGCUCACUGGCUACUUCAAGAGGCACAUAGAGUUGAAUAGCCAUCAUGAUUACAAAAACUACAGAGAGACUAUAUUGGGUCGAUCAUUGGUGUUUAUCAUUAACGUCAGAACAAAAUAUAAUUCUUCAAAAGAAAAAACGUACGCUUUGCUUGUGAAUACUCGACACCCAAAGAUGAGAAAGCAAAUCGAGAACAGCAUGAAUAAUGUAAUAUCAUCCGUGUUUGGGGAAAGCUAUAAGCUUCAGUUUAACUUCCAAGAUGUUGUAAAGAAGUUUUUUCCUUCAAACACCUAUCUGGUUCAUGAAGAAAGUUUAAGUUUCUCCUAUGAGUUCAAAACUGAUGCCUUAUUCGAUUUCUUUUAUUGGUUUGGGAUCAGCAAGAGAACUGUUUCAAUGAAUGGGAAAGUACUUAAUUUAUCAAGCACCAAUCCAGAGAAGAAAGAAAUUAUAACUAAGUUUCUGGAUAAAAUGAGUGAACCAAAUUUGCGUUUAAACAGCUUUUCAGACAGGAAGUUCAGCAUUAUCUCUAGAGUUUCAAUAGAUGAUGUGUUUAAUGGCAACUUGACAUCACAAUCAACUUGGAUGGAUUCUCCUUUAGCUCUCUGGACAGUUUCAGGGUCUCAGAAGUCUGGAGACAGGUCAAGUAUCGAAGUCUGAUUUUCUUAACAUCGAGAAAGAUAUAUUGAAAAAAGAAGGAAGAUAACCACACUGGGAUUAUCUUAUUGCAGAAUGCAAGGAAUUUCUGCCUUCUGUGGCAAAUAAUAGGAUGUAUCUGCAUUCUAUGUUGCUUUCGUUGAUUUCAGGGCAAGACUCCUGAUUACUAAAGGGUUAUUUACAGACCUGGUUCUACAUUUAACAUUAAAGGCUGUUGAAGCCUAGAAUUAUUGGUAUUGCAGUUAUCCGUAUAGGUAGAAUGAUUUUAAAUCCUGGAUUAUUUCAUCAGUUUCUAAAUAACUGUCAGGUUUUCAGAAUCAUGGAAAAAUACAUUAUUUUUGUGAUUGCUCCAACAUUUAUCAUACCCUGGCAAGUUGUUAAUUCCAAACAGCUUUGAAUUGUAAGUAGCUAUGACAGAUAGUACUAUGAAUUGUACUUGGGUUUGGGUUUUUUUGGUAAAAUGGAUGGUAUAGAACUGGCAAGAGGAAUACUCAAAUCCAUGUCCUUUGAUCCAGAAGUCAACUGCUAUCAGAGUUUGGUUGUAUUCUGGCUUGGAAAACAUUGCUGCAUGGCUUUUCACUUAUUGGGCAUUAUUUUCACCAGGGUUGUAGUGUGC